UCCAAUUCUAAGACUCGGGUCGCACCAUACUUCGUGGUGCGCAGUUCUUUCGCUCCUUUCCCACCCUCGCCGCUCUUUUCCUACUCGACUGCCUCCUCCGAUCGAGUCGGUGGAGAGACGUCAUCGAUCGCAGGAUAAUCAAUUUGGAUUGCAGAAAAUGCAUCCUCCUCUAACUUUGCACAGGCAUCCUAUGUGUGCUGAAAUUAUUGAGGAGUUCCAGAAGUGUCAUGCAGACCAUCCAAUUGGAAAGUUUUUCGGGGAAUGCACUGAACUAAAGAUAAAGCUUGACCGAUGCUUUCGACAAGAGAAAGCUGUGAAGCGGAAGGCUAACUUCGAGGAAAGCAAAAAAUUCAAGGAAAGAUUGCAGGCCUACAGAAAAGAGACGGCACAGAAAGACAUAUAGGGAUAUCCGUUGCAUGGAUCUCUGGGAGAUGAACAAUUAUGUACACCGCCUAAUAAGUCUAAAUUGUGAACGACAUGCAUCUCCUGGUUUGACUUGAGCCAUUAAUAUACAGUUUUGCAUCAAACGGCCUGCACCGUCCUGUGACACUGGAAUUAAUAUAAUUUGUUGUUUUAUAUUUUUAAUGUACUAUGAUAACUAGUAUAAUGCUUAAUGAUAUUUAUCCAGCUCUUCUUCUUCUU